UGGCUGCUCAACUUGGUCACGUGUUUGUGUGCCUGCUCAUUCCCCACCCAGGGCUGCAGAGUUCCCAAAGGCCAGCUGGGUUUUCUGCAGCUCCUUUCCCAACCCACCACAGAAGAGACGACCAGGCAAUUCCUGCCGCUGUCAUUCAGCUGUGAGCCCUGAGUCAUGGUGCAGAUGGGGCCACUGUGCUGACCAGGAGCACUGUGGGCACCACAAGCUGACAGAGAUGACCAGGAGGAGCAGGAGCUGAAGAACAGUCUGGCCAGGACUCACCUCUACAAACCAGAAUCAAGCUGGCUUUGGCCAUGGGCGGAUGGAAACCGCUGAAAAACAACUUCUACACAAACACUGUGAAAGGCAGCAACUGACUGGUGGGGAGGACUUUCCAAAGCCAUGGAAGGAAGUUACCGAGUAAAGCCUCUGUAAAAGCCAAGCACUCUAACUCAGCAAUCCUUUGAAAGCAUCCUCCCAGAUCCAGCCUCAGCGAGGAACCCUUCACUGACAUCAUCCAUAAACAGACACCUCCAGAGACCCUGAAUGAGGAGGACAUGGCUGUGCUCUGGACAAGGCUUCAUGGAGAAAUAUCUAGCAUCUUACUGCAAGGAUACAGGAAAGAGCUGUUCGAGCCCUCGGAGCAACAGCAGCAGCAGCAGCCUCGCCCCCACACUGGGAACAAGCCUCGGAAGCAAUUGCAGCAAUUGCAGCGGGAAAAAGCCCUCCAGCAGCAAUGCCAGAGGCUGGGACUGCAGGGUGGGGCAGCCCCUGUCACUCCGGAGCAGUUGCUCUCUGCACCAAAGCACAAGCCCUGUCACCCUCAGCAGCCGGUGCCAACACCUCAUCCUCCUCCUGCUGGAGAUCAAAGGCAAAGUGACAGCCAGGAUCAGCGGGAGGAGGUGACACCUUGCAAUGGCAGGGACAGUGCCCAGCCCAGCCCUGCACAGCCCAGCACCCAAGUGGAGAGAAAGAAAGUGGAAUUGCAGGAGAAAUCCCGAUGGGAAAUCCUCCAGCAAGAGCAGCGGCUGAUAGAGGAGAAGAAUAAGCGCAAGAAGGCUCUGCUGGCCAGAGCUAUUGCUGAGAGAUCCAAAAGAACUCAAGCUGAAGCAGUGAAACUAAAAAGGAUUCAGAAGGAGCUGCAAGCUCUGGAUGACAUGGUGUCUGCUGACAUUGGCAUCCUGAGGAACCGCAUUGAUCAGGCCAGCCUGGAAUACUCCUAUGCCCGGAAGCGGUAUGAAAAGGCGGAGUCGGAGUACGUGGCAGCCAAGCUGGACCUCCAGCACAAGACGGAGCUUAAGGAGCACCUCACGGAGCACCUGUGCACCAUCAUCCAGCAGAACGAGCUCCGCAAGGCCAGGAAGCUGGAGGAGUUAAUGCAGCAGCUGGAUGUGGAGGCAGAUGAGGAAAAUCUGGAACUCGAGAUCGAGGUGGAGCGGAUGCUGCAGCAGCAGGAGGCAGAAGCAGGGAGACAAGGCAGCCAGUCACACAGUCACGCUGGGACAGCAAAGGAGAACCCCACUCCCGGUGGUACAGGGCGGGAGGGCGAGCGUGCCAACCAUACUGCUGCUUCUCCUGCUGCUUCUGAACAGUCUCAAAACUCCGGGACCAAAUCCCUCUCCAGUAUGGACAGACAAACUCAAGCAGCAGAUGUGACUUCAGAAAGCUCCCCAGCUUGUUCUGCUACAUGACUGCUGGAUGCAGAUGAGCCCGUGGUUAUGGAUGAUGUACUCUCUGCAGGCCUGGAGGUUAUAUCUGGGCUUUGGCAGUACCAGUCACAUGCACUUCAUUUCCCUUUUCCUUUAAUACUGUUUUCAAAUUUUAAAGGUGCUUUUUUUUUCACAAGACUCAUUUGGGGUUCACCAUCUGUCAUUGUCUCUCCUGGUUUGUGUUCAUGUUCUAAUGCCCAUCUCUUCACAGGCUUUUAUACCUUCCUGAAACAGCACAUUUGCAUGUGAACAGUAGGGUUUUUCCAAAGAUUUUCAGCCUAUUGGUGUCACAGAUACCUGUUCUGAGCAGGGUGCAAGAGAUAGAUACCUACAGAAGAAAAUACCCCUUGAUCUGCUUCAAAAUGCAUUCUGUCCCCUAACAUCUGCAAUAGAAUGUUUUUCUUCCUUUGUAUCCAUAAAGGAUUAGUUUUCAACGGUUUCUACUGCUGUGAAACCCAAGUGCUUACUUUAAUUGCCUUUGUAGAUGAUACUCUUUCCUCAUGGAAAGGAAAUUUGCAUACUGAGGCAAAUUGCAAAGUCAGUUGUAAUACCUCAUAUUUAUCACUUUGCCUAUUCCUUUCAGAUAAUGCUGAAUCAUUACCAAGCUGUACAUGGAUAGAUCUGUCAGCUAUGCUUUAACAAAAAUGAUGGGUACAGUUUAAGACCCUACAGAAUGUAGAAGUAGAAACACACAAAAGAGAGUGUGUUACAUCUAAAGCUUCCAUUGCAAACAUUUUCUCUGUUGUAGUUGCCUCGAAGUGCCAAUAAUUAGCCAGGGAUCUUAUAGUAAAUAAUCUCCACUAUAUAUUGGAAAUGAGCCUAUUUUUGUAUGACAUUCAAUGCAUUUUCAUGCCGGAAAAGCAGGUUUGUACCCCACAAGAAGUUCAGCUGGUUCACUCUGUUGCUGUUGAAAGGCUUUAAAGAGCUAUUCCAGGUGGAGAAAGUCUCAGGAAUUAGAAGAGGACGUAGGAAAAUCUCCCAUAGACUGAUUGCAGCUGCAAACCGUGGGGAGUUGAGCUCACAGUUAUCCGCUUUGUAACAUGGAAGUGUGGGAAUGGUUCCUGGAAUACCUGACCUGAACGUGUCGGUCAGAGUUUAUGAAUGAGUUGCUGAAUGACGCCACCGAGUAUAUAAAUGGGACACUGAUUGUCCCUAUGGCUUUAACAGUGGAAAAACAUGUCACUACAUUUCAUUUUUAUUCUAUUAAUAAAUCAGUGCAUCUUGUA